AUGGCGGAGAAUGAUGGUGAAACCGUUGUGUUGAUACCCCCUUCCAACAAGACAGUCGUUGUCGAACCUCUCAGCCUUGACCGUCCGAUCACACAGCUAGAAGAAGAAGGUGGAAAAGCAUGUCAAUGCAUGCCGAUUACGCUUUCAAUUGUGAUGUUCACCCUUUUAUUUGGAGGUCUAUAUGUCGCACACCAACAGCAAUACUCUUACUCGUUGGAAAAAUCAGAUAAAUAUCGGGAUACGCUGAAGACCACAGAUUAUGGGAUCGAGUUUUACGUGUAUUCGUUGAAUAUGUUUAACCACAAUUAUCCUUUGGGCAGUUUUGCAAGAGACGCUAUCGAAAUCAUUGGCGAGUAUAAACAUUCCAUUCAGAAACAUUGUGGUGAUGAACUCAAGCACCGCAUACGAUUCCUGGAUUUUCCAACUCCUUUUUGUGACGAACUUGAACGAAUGAGCUAG